CGACACAUCUCUACGCAAAUAAAGUGAACGAAGUGGCCAAGAAGUCAAAUUAUUACACGUCGUCUGAUUUUUAAUAAAUACAGAUAAAAUGGGGCAAAAGUUCCAAUAUGAUGAAAGUGGCUCCACGUUUUUUUAUUUUUUAUUAUCCUUUUUAGCAUUAAUACUCAUUCCAGCUACGAUAUACUACUGGCCAAGGGAAAAAAAGAGAGAUCCAGACGAAGAAAGCAAAAAAUGCCACUGCCCCAACUGCGUCAAGAAAAGGGAGUACCAAAAACAUGCAGAUCCUUGGAAAGCUACCAAAAAUUUUUUAAUCAAACUAGUAAUUGUAAUUGGCUGGAUUUUAUUAUUGUUGUUAGCGUACAAAGUGUCCCAGUUUGACUAUGAAAUGGCUAACUUUGACCCCUAUGAGAUUUUGGGAAUACCUUUAGGUGCAAGUCAAGGUGAAAUUAAAAAAGCGUACAGAAGAUUGUCGCUGAUACUUCAUCCAGAUAAGGAUACAGGCAAUGAAAAGGAGUUUAUGAAGUUGUCGAAAGCAUAUCAGGCAUUAACUGAUGAUGAAGCACGGCGAAAUUGGGAGAAAUAUGGUAAUCCAGAUGGGCCUGGUGCAAUGAGUUUUGGAAUAGCGUUACCAUCGUGGAUUGUUGAGAAAGAAAACAGUGUGUGGGUGUUGGGUCUUUAUGCUCUUGUCUUCAUGGUUGCGCUUCCUAUUGUUGUUGGAACGUGGUGGUAUCGCAGUAUUAAAUUCACAGACCAAGUUUUGUUAGACACAACACAAAUGUAUUAUUUCUUUUUCCAUAAAACUCCUAGUAUGGCGCUGAAACGUGUCAUCAUGAUUCUGGCAGCUAGUUUGGAGUUUAAUAAAAAGCAUAAUUCAGAAAUUGUGGAAAGGUUAUCAGAUAAUGAAGAAGUCCCACAACUGAUUAAAAAAUUGCCAAAUUUAAGUGAAAAAAAUAAGGAACCACCAUUAUGUUACACAUACAGUAUUAAGGCUCGUGCUAUAAUUCACGCUCAUUUAUCUCGCAUCCCUUUAAACCCCAAUACAUUAGAAUUAGAUAGGAGGUACCUAAUAUCCAAGUGUCCAUAUUUAAUUCAAGAACAGGUCAAUUGUGUCAAUCAACUUAUAGUACUAGCGUAUAAUCGCAGAAUACAAAGACUACCAACUAUUGAUACAAUCGAAAAUUGUAUGAAGUUGUGUCCUAUGAUUGUUCAAGCUCUGUGGGAGUUCAAGUCUCCUCUACUCCAAUUACCAUAUGUAACUGAGGAUAAUCUUAAAUAUUUUUCAAAUAAGAAGAAGCCAAUCAAAUCUUUACAACAAUACGCACAAUUGAAAAAGGAAGAACGAAGAAAUAUUUUGAAAAAUCUGAGUGACAAUGAAUUUGAAGAUGUUACAAAGGUUUUGGCAAAUAUGCCUUACAUUGACUUUCAAGUGAAAUAUGAGGUAAUGGAUGACGAAAAUCCAACGGAAGUAACAACCGGCGCAAUCGUAACGGUUAUAGUCACGUUAACGCGCAGAAAUAUGAGCAGUCUUUUCGGUAAUGAAACGGUUGUUGAUAACAACUUAAGUACCGAAAACGGCAUCGAUGGUGAAACUCCUAAAGAAGGUGGUGGCGACGCGGAAAAUCAAGUACCGGCGAUAAAACGUCCAGCUUGGUUGAAACAGAAACGCGGAGGCGGGAGAAAGAACAAGAAACCCACUAAACAACAACCGAAAGCCAUAGUCGGAACCAAACCUAAAGUAGAAGAAUCGCCUGUACCUUCUACUGAGAAGAAAAAAGCCAAAGAAGAGAACAACAAAGAAGAGGAAAGCGAAGAAUCCGAAGUGAGCGACGCCGAAACUAACGAUAAGUCAUCAGAAGAAGAUAGCGCUCAGAAGUCGAAUAACGAAGAUGAGGAUCAGGAGUGGGAAAAGUUUAAAAAGUUGCAUGAAAGAGAGAAGUCUUUACAAGGGAAAUCAAAAACUUCGCAUCCCGUGCAUUGUCCUUUCUUCCCUCAAGAUAAACAGGAGUACUGGUGGACAUACAUUUGCGAUAGAAAGUCAAAGACGCUUUUAACAGUGCCUCAUUAUGUCACCAGUUUAGUAGACCAAGAAAUGGUACAUUUAAAGUUCACAGCGCCAAAUUGGCUGGGAGUUUACACUUUCACGGUAUGUUUAAGAUCAGAUUCGUAUCUCGGAUUUGACCAACAGAAAGACAUCAAAUUAGAUGUGAAAGCGGCUCCUGCUGAAAUUACCGAACAUCCUCAAUGGGAAGACCUAGAAGAAGAAGAAGGUUCAGCUAAGGAAGAUGCCCACGAGUCUGAGUACACCACAGAUGAAGAUUUAUCAGAGGGCGAUGACUGAUUUACUACAAUGCAAUCAAAGAAAGACUUAGAGAUAGCAUUUAUGUUGUGAAUAAUUGUGAUCAGUCUUUAAUCGGACUCAACAUUAUUUUCACAAUUAUAAAAAUUGGUACUGGGUUAAGGUCACUUGUAUUUAUAUUUGUAUGAAAAAGUUUUAACUUU